AUGCUGGGCGACGGCCGCGAGCAGGUGGUGACCACGCCCAAGGGGCAGGUGGCCGUGUACGUCGGCGGCGGCGAGGAGGCGUCGCAGUCGCUGCGGUACGUGGUCCCCGUGGUGUACUUCAACCACCCCAUGUUCGGCGAGCUGCUCAGGGAGGCCGAGGAGGAGUUCGGGUUCCAGCACCCCGGCGUCAUCACCAUCCCUGCCCCGCCGCGCGGUUCGAGGCAGGCCGCGGCCCCUGGCCGCCGCGGGGAAGAAGGUCUUCAGCAGGUGGUAGGCGGGCACUAG